AUGGAUGCCCUUGCCGCGCUCUCGCUCGCGUCCACGCUGAUGCAAUUUGCUGACUAUGGGAGCAAGCUUCUUUCUCAGGCCCCGCACUCGUACAAGACCGCUCACGGCGACAUCACUGACGAUAUCAAUGUCGAAACCCUAGUCCAGGACCUCCUCUCCCUCGAACAGAGCCUCAAGCGACAAACGCCUCCCAAGCAUGUAUCGGCUGGCCAGGGUACCAACACAGAAAAUAUCACGGCACUGAGAGCACUGUACUCGCAAUGCAUGGGUGCGGUGCAGGACCUCCUCGCGCAUUUGCCUCGGCUGAAAACUAGACCAACAAGUGUGAACAAGGCUGCGCCGCAGAGAAAGUCGCAUGGAGACAAAUGGCGUUCUUUGCUCGGCGCCGAUAGCUUGGAAGCGCUAGACAGUCAGCAGCAGCCUGAAAUGUUGCAGUUUCGGAGCUGGGACAGCUUCCACAAAGCGUUGCGAGCAAUCUGGGACAGGCAAGAGAUAGAGGCUUUGGAGGAUAGCCUCUGGCAGAUUCGAAGAGAUGUACAGUUCCGCAUGCUUAUAUUAUUUCGCGGCGCUCUUUGUUAUCUUGCGAGCCAGCGAUCGCGGACAUUCCACGAGCUGAAGAGGUUCACGACGCGUAUUCUGGAUGCCUUCUACAAUAGCGAGGACUCUUUCAUCUCCAUGAUGCAAGUCCAGACUAAAAAAAUACUCCAGCUCAAUGAAUACGAUAAAGGCGAUGGCGAUGACAAUGGCGGCGACGAUCUGCUCGGCUUAUCAGUGGGCGACAUUCUUCACACCAUCGGCUCCCUUCAAGUCUCUGAACAAGGCAAGAACUCGAAAGCGCCUCCUCUAACAAACGUGCAAUUGGAAAACGAAGUCCGCUCCCUCAUUAGCGAGACGUACGUCCUAGAGAGCCUUUCCUUUGCGACCAUGAUCGAUCGUCGCGAGAGUGUGGAGAAGUCACACGCCCGCACCUUUGACUGGAUCUACAAGGACGCACAAAAUGCACAAGUGCCUUGGAGUAGCUUUGUCAACUGGCUCCGGCACGGAGACGGCAUCUACUGGAUCAAUGGCAAGGUAGGCAGCGGAAAAUCAACCCUCAUGCGGCACCUGUACGAGAACAAAACGACACAGCGGGAGCUCGAGACGUGGGCUGCCGAUUAUCCCUGCCAAGUAUACAGCUUCUUCUUCUGGAAUAGCGGCGCCGAGGACCAGAAGUCGCAGCGUGGUCUUCUCAGGUCGCUCUUAUUCGAUAUUUUGCAAAGACACCGCAGCUUGAUGCCCCAGGUCAUGCUGGAUGUUUGGAAAACGUGGUCUGCCCGCGCCAAGGCCGUGCUCAAGGACAGGCUGCCCUAUGAUACCUCACUGCUACCCCUAGAGCCAGAACCUAUGACUGUUGCCGCACUAAAGAGGGCGUUUCAAGUAGCCCUCGAGUCCCUCGCCCAAUCUACCAAGCUCUGCUUCUUCAUCGACGGCCUAGACGAAUACGGCGCAGAGCACUCGGAGAUCAUCAGUCUCGCGACCCAGUGUGCUGUGCUUCCCAACAUCAAAUUCUGUCUUUCGAGUAGACCGCUUCAGGUGUUUGAAGAGGCAUUCUCCGGGAUGCCCACCCUCCGGCUCCAGGAUUUGACGCAUGGUGAUCUAAGUCACUACGUCGUGGAUCGCUUGUACAGCCAACCGCGCAUGCAGCAGCUUUCACAUCCCGAGGCGGCAGAGGUGUCGCACCUGAUCCAAGAAACUGUGACCAAAUCUCAAGGAGUCUUCUUAUGGGUCAAGCUUGUGGUUCGGUCAUUGGUGUAUGAGUUGCCGAAAUAUGAUAGUAUCGCCGACCUACAGCGCCAAGUUGACGGACUUCCUGGCGAGCUCGACGACUUAUUCGCACACAUGGUAGCAUCGAAGGACCACAUUCGCGCAUCACAGAUACUUCAGGUAUUUCAGCUUGCUAGAAAACAGUCACCAGAGAAGAUUACACUUCUUCAGCUGUCUUUUGCUGACGAGGAGGAUGAGCUUCUUGCAGAAGAGGCGCCAAUGCAGAAGAUUACAAUUGAUGAAGUGGCUUCCCGCUGCCAAGAUAUGGACUCAAAACUGCACAGCAUUUGCGCUGGUCUUCUAGAAUCACACGAUGCGAAGUACUCUAGCAUGGCACCGGAUAGAAAAGUUCUAUUCCUGCACCGUACCGUGUCUGACUGGAUUGCCCAGCCCAGUGUGUGGGCAGCGCUCAUAUCGCAGACGGCCGCAACGAAAUUCAGCCCGUCACUUGCGCUUCUCAAAUCCUCUAUCUUGCAGCUCAAAGGUUUGGACAUCGGUCCCGCGCGGCCGUUCAACAUGGGCAUCAUUGUCGACGCAGUUGCCUACGCCCGAGAAGCAGAGACGGAGCUCGGUGCAGGGUUCCCCAAGCUGUUCGACCAGCUAGACCUCGCUGCAGCCUACCAGUGGCGUCUUGGCGACUGCUGUGCAGUCUACGGAGGCGAUGACAUGUCGGAUGCGAGUAGCGAUACGAGCGAAGGACAAUCCGACAAGAGCGCCAGUCCCACUGCGACGCCAUUGCAGUUGAGCAGCUACUUGCAGUCGUACCGGGCGUCCAUGAUUGAUAGCCAGUCAGGCAUUUUUAGUACGCUGAACAUCGGCGGACGCACGUCUCGAGACAAGCCCUCGGUUCCUCCAGCCAUUCCCGAAAACAGGCUGGCCGCCUCGUAUAUUGCGCACGCAGAGACACGGUUUGGCGGCCGCGCGAUGCGAGAGCAGCCGGCUCAGAAGAGAACACCUCCCCGUGAAAUCGUCGGGACCACCCACCACCACUGGGCGUGGUGCCUAAAGAUCCCGGAUCUGAUCCCGCUGCACGCCGCCGGCAGCUUCUACGACGUGGCGCGCCUCGCAGGCAUGGCGCACUAUGUCGCUGCCAAGGAUGCGUCCGCCAACGUCCUUGACCAGGACGUCGGCCAGCACCUGCUCAUGCGGGCUGUGGCGUCGCUGGCCGCGAUGCCCGCUGCGGGCGACGACUCGGCGCUUGUAGCCGAGCUGCUCGCUGGCGGCGCGGACCCAAACUUUUCCUUUCACGGGCAGUCGCCAUGGGAGGCCGCGCUCGCGGCGGCCGCGUCACACUUUGCGUCUUCGCAGGGGCAGAGCGAGGAGAGCCUAUCGACCCAGUAUAGAACGGGGUGCGAGAACUGGAUCGAGGUGAUGGAGCACUUUUUGCGUCACGACGCUGAUCCGUACGCCCAGGUCAAGGUGCUGGACGUGGACGACCGGCUGGUCGUCUCCAUUCAUACCGUCUUGGAGUCUAAUUGUCCGAUGCAUCACAAUUCUCAUUUCAAUAUCAGUCCAAGCCGCAUGUGA